UUUGUAAAAAUCUACAAAUCCACCCAAACCCUCAACUUCUUAGCACCCGACCCCUCGAUAUCGUGAAUAUGGCUCCGAUCGCUGUCGGCGACGUUAUUCCCGAUGGAAACCUAGCUUUCUUCGACGAGAACGAUCAGCUUCAGAAGGUUUCCGUGCACUCUCUCGCCGCCGGUAAGAAGGUCGUUCUCUUCGGCGUCCCCGGCGCUUUCACUCCCACCUGCAGCAUGCAGCAUGUGCCUGGAUUCAUUGAGAAGGCGGAUGAGCUGAAAUCAAAGGGCGUCGAUGAGAUCCUUUGCCUUAGCGUGAACGAUCCAUUUGUGAUGAAGGCAUGGGCUAAAACUUACCCAGCGAACGAGCAUGUUAAGUUUGUAGGUGAUGGGUCUGCAGAAUACACCCACAAGCUCGGCCUUGAGCUUGAUCUUAAGGAUAAAGGUCUCGGGAUUCGGUCAAGGCGAUUCGCUCUGCUCGUGGAUAACCUCAAGGUGACCGCCGCCAACGUAGAAUCUGGAGGUGAGUUCACUGUUUCCAGCGCCGCGGAUAUCCUCAAGGCUCUCUAAGAAAUCUCCCAAAGAAAUAUUGGCUCGAGUAUGAGAGUGUGAUAAUAAGUUGAAGUCUCAUCUUCAUGUGUCCUUUAGUGGUGUUUCCCUUUCUCACAGUGCUGUGGGAGAGAUGAGUGUAUGAUUAUGUGAUUUCAUAUCCAUAUCUUAUAUUAACUCAUAUAUAUAUCUAUCUGCAUUUACAUUUCUCUC